GUUCCUCUCGUCCGCCUCUGUCCAGAAAAAAUCCCCUUUCUCCUCCGACCAGAUCCAUCUCCAUCGUCACCUACUCGUCUCGAUCCGGCGUAGAUCUAGGCCAAAUCGACACGCAUCUCCUACUCUAGGCAAGGUGUUCGUCGGCCCAAGGUCCGGGCAGAGCGGAGGCGCGAGAGGAGGAAUCUGUUGAGGUUCUCCGAGGCGCCGCGGCUAGUGGAGGUGAUGUGCGGCGGGGGACGAGCUCCAUGGACGAGGAGGAGGAAGCAGGAGGCGGAGGCGGGCCAGCAGUAUGUUGUGGCUAGCGCUGCCCGGACUGCUGGAUGGGCGGCUACUGCGCUGCAUCUACUACUUUCUACUACUGCGCUGCCUCUACUGGUCUCGAAGCAGCAUAGGUGACAUGGGAGAACUAAAUCCAACUGGACUGUUCUCAUCUCCUCUUGAACUAGUGCCUCUAGCAGAUCCAAGAAAAGGUAUGCAUCAGCAGGAGAAGCUGGACUGCUACUUGAGCCUGCUCCAAAUGCUCCUGGAGGGUACUGCCCCAUGUUACCUUGGGAAGCAACACCAUGGUAGCCUGGAGGUAUGGAUGGAACUUGCUGGUUAUUUGGGCUCUGUGCAUCUGAAGGUGGGAAGGAGGAGUUCAUCAUGCUUGAAGAUGAGUGCUUCAUGUUUUGGGGGAGAGUUUUUCCAAGAUCUUCUUGUGCUUCUACGAGCUUGUUCUGUAUAUUUUAUAGACAUAUUCUCCAAACGGACAGAUUUUUCUAUUGCAGUGCAACGGUCAUCUGAAAAUUUGGGUGCUCUGGUUUGCUGUAACUUGAAUGCUGUUUGGUAUGGAUUGAAUGAUGUUGCUCGGUGGUGGUUUGGGUAGGAAUGCUUCUCUAGAGAUGGCAGUUAUACUUUAAUAUAUUUUAUUGUAGUG